AUGGACCUUAUUCAAGAGGCUGGUUUAAUGAAGACUGUGACUCAGUUCUCAAAGUGCUAUGAGAUGUUGGUAAAGGAAUUUAUUGUUAAUUUGUCUGAAGAAUAUGCUGAUGGCAAGUCUAAGGAAUUCAGGAAAGUGUAUGUGAGAGGCAAGUGUGUAAGGAAGUGGCCUCUCAAAGGAAAAUUGGUGGCAAGUAAACUGAGUGUCAAGUAUGCAAUGUUGCACAAGAUUGGAGCUGCUAACUGGGUGCCCACCAAUCAUAAAUCUACAGUUGCUGUAAUGCUUGGAAAGUUUAUAUAUGCUAUUGGAACCAAAGCCAAAUUUGACUAUGGCUCCUAUAUUUUUGAUCAAACUUUGAAGCAUGCAGGAAGCUUCAGUGUGAAGGGUCCUAUAGCCUUUCCUUCUCUCAUCUGUGGUAUUGUUUUGAAUCAGUUUCCAAACAUCUUAACUGAGAAUGAUUCUGUGAAGAAAAGAGACAGCCAUAUGUCGUUCAAUCAUAAGCCGUUCCUAGGUACCCAUGUCUCUGACAUUGUCAUGACAUCAGGUGAGAUAUCACGUGUAAGCAAUCAACCAGGUAAAGUUGUUGUCAUUGCAAUGCUCAAAGAAACCUGCAGGGAAUUAGAGGCAAGGAAGCUGAAAUUGGAAAAAUUGAUUAGCUCUUUGGAGAUGACUGAAGGUGAUGUGCUAGCUGAUGGUGGAGAAUUUGGUGAAGUUGCUGCUGUUGCAGAAGAAGCUGAAAGGCAAGGUGAAGAGGGAGAAGUAGAUGCCAGUCCUGAUGAUGGCACAAAUGAUGAUGCUGACUCUGAGUCAGAUGACUAG